GCACUUUACUGUCACUAGUGACUGUCCCUGAGCCAGCCAAACGAAACCUGCCCUAAUCCCAGGGAUAGAAGCAGAGCAGAGUCAAUCCCAGGACAGAGGCUGACUACACUCACAUAGCUGGCAUUUCUAACAGCAAAUCCUAUUAAGAACAUUAUCAGUGCGAACUUGCUUCCUGUUGUGUAUGUCAGAGCAGCCCAUCUACAGCAAUGGGUAAUGGAAUGAAUAAGAUUCUUCCUGGAUUGUUCAUUGGAAACUUUAAAGAUGCUCGAGAUAUUGAACAACUCCACAAGAAUAAGAUAACUCACAUUCUGUCUAUCCAUGACAGUGCCAGGCCAAUGCUUGAGGGCAUGAAAUAUCUCUGCAUUCCUGCGUCUGAUUCACCAAAUCAAAAUUUAAUUCAGCAUUUUAAAGAAAGUACAGGAUUCAUCCACGAAUGCCGCCUUAAAGGUGAAGGAUGUCUUGUUCACUGUUUGGCAGGAGUUUCUAGAAGUGUGACCUUAGUGGUAGCCUAUGUCAUGGCUGUCACAAAUCUGGGCUGGGAUGAUGCGUUAUCUGCUGUCAGAGGUGCAAGGACGUGUGCCAAUCCGAACAUGGGCUUCCAGAAGCAGCUUGAAGACUUUGGAAAACAUGAUAUCCAAAAUUUCCGGAAAUGGCUGAAAGAUACUUAUGGGGAAAGUCCAUUUCUUGAUGAGGAAGAAGCGAGACAACUUAUUGCUAAACAUAAGCAACAGGAAGCUGAAUCUCAAAGUGCUGCCAGUUCAGGAAGGCAAUGGAGUAGCCAUUUAACUUCCCUAUCAUCUUUGUCUUAUAGCACUACAGAGACAUAAGUUUCUAUAAUAUAAAUAUAUAUCUUUCUUUUGUAUUGGCUGCCUGGCUUGUUAAAAAGGGACACUGUGUAAGAAUAUCUGCAGGAUCCAAGUUGGUGGCUGACAUUACAUGACUUACAUGAAGAGAAGAGGUUUAAUAUACCAUAGUAUCUGUUCAUUGUAACUACUUUAUACAACCCCCUAAAUGUACAUCACUGUUUUGCAGACUUGUUUUAGUCCCCUGAAAUAAAGGCAUAGGUUCCCCUCCCCCCCCCCACCGAAUAUUAACUUGGCCACUUUAUGUGUGAGUUUGACAUAUAGCCCCUUAGAAGCCAUGUGAGAAGUAAGCACUGUUUUCUGAAUUUUGUGCUUCUAUUUUUUUAACACAUAAUUUAACAUUUUCUACCUCAAAAAAGUUUAUUUGCGCAGUUACCAAACCUUAUCAUUGUUUCCAACCUUAACCAAUGACAGAGUUAUUAUUAGGAUUCAUAUCGUUCCUGAACUUCCUCAGAGACCAAUAUAUUUUAGCAUUUUGCCAAAUAUGCUCAGGUAAAGCACGCAGUAUGUUUAAACCACUUUCCCAAAGGCUCUAUAUCUUAUUGUACAUAACAUACAAAUGUAACAUAGAAAUGGGUAUAUUAAAACUAAGUUAUAAACUGUGGUCAUUUAAUUUGGGGUAAAGACCUAUUUGCAAAACAUAGAUUCAAAGAGCAGAACUAUUUAUUAAAAUGUUUUGUUUUGAUUUUUUUCUUUUUUUCAUUUGCACUAAUUGUUGGUGGAAUAAUUAAACUGUUUCAUAUGCCAGAUUAUCAUUUUAAAAUGAUGUUUAUAUGAUUGUAUAAUCAAUAAAGUUACUUUUGAGAACAUA